CCUGGCGGCGAGCGGUGCGGGCCCGCCUUCCUGACGAGCCCCCGCUAUGGGGCGACCGGCGCUCGCUGCCGGCCUGGGGCUGCUUCUCUCGCUCGGCUGCCUCCUGCCUGGCCCUGCUGCAGGGGCACCGGCACCGCCUCUGCUGGCAGUGCCUACGCUCCAAGCGGCCCCCAGAACACCGAACACAGAACGCAGAACCGGUGUGCAGAGCAAGCUAGCGUCGCCGCCUUCCCUGGCCGCCGCCUCAGCAGCUCUGGACCAGCCGGACCCGUCCGCCAGCGAACGCCACCUGUUCGCCACGGCACCGAACCAGUUCCCACAGCUUCACGCGUUCUCCCUCCCGAAUGUGCCGAAUGUCUCGCUGCCAACGGCAUCCGACGCCUUCGUCGUCUCCUCCAGCGCCAACUCCGGCGGCGUCGGCCACCCGCCCUCCGGCUCGAACGUGGCGGCCACCGCCAACUCGUCCGGACGAGGCUCGUUGGCGCACGUCGUCGGUCACGGUUCGUCCACGGUCAACGGCGAGAGCGUCAUCACGCGCGCGGCCACGACGACCGCCGGUGACGCCAUUGCAGCGGUGAACGCGUUAGAGGUCAACCGAGACGGCCUCGGCCAGGGCUCUGUGGACGUGCAGACGGCGGCCGGCGACGGCGUGGCGGCGGCCGCGGGUCAGGCCGCCGGCCCCGGUCACAGCGUCACCGUGCUGAGAGAUACGACCACGGAAGCUGGAGCCGCCACGGAGUCGGCGGGCGCGGGAGAUGGUCGCGCCGCCGGGGCCCAGGCCUCGGCGGAGGGAGGCCUCGCCGGGGCCCAGGCCUCGGCGGAGGGGGCCCGACCGGCGGGCCCGCUGGCCGAGGGGUCUGCGACAGAGAGCGGACCGAGUCGUCGCAGCCGCACCAACGUCCGUCAUCUCGCCCACAAGUGCCAGCGCCGGACCUCCAGCUUCUCCUGA